AUGUUACUACAACUGUUUUUGCUGUCGCUGCCGGCUGCUCUGUGUACCCAGUUUUCAUUGUAUGCCACGACUCUUGAGAGGAGCGAUGAAGUUUCCCUGGGAGAGUUUAAUAUGGAUGUUGAAUCGAGAGAUAUUUCUGCUUUUGAACCACACAAUGGUAUGGACAGUCUAACACAAGGAAAGUAUUGCGUGGGUAUUAAGUCUACAGACCACGUAUGGGAUUCUGACUGCUUUUCCUUCAUGGAAUUGCAAGUCCCAUUUAGCUACGAUUUGGUUAUUCAGUUGGAUGAAAACACUAUACAAAAGGUUUCAUUGGCUUACAAUGAAACUACUGAAGGCAUUAUGCCCAAACUUAAGGAAACUACCGAUGGUCCCAUCGCUCCUGCUAGUAAGUUGAAGAAAAUUACGAAGACUUAUGCUGAUAAGAAGGAAGACAAAAAAUUGGGAAGUGAAGAAACCGAUGAAGAAGAGAAACCAUGGUAUGUUAAGAAUUGGAAGUCUAUCGUCAUUGGGAUAAUAAUAUAUAACCUAGUCGUUGCAUCUGCUAAGAAAUCUCAAGAUGAGAAACAAGAAUGA